UGAAGUGUGCUACGUACACCCUAAUAAAGAUCACACAGUAAACGCCAAGAUGACAACGGAAAAUGUGCCAAACUUCACCACAAUCAAGACUCACAAUCGCAGUGCAAGUCACAAGCCACUCGACUGGACAGCACUGGUAGAUGGGUUGAGGAAUUCUUUCAACUUGACUAGGACGGCGGAGGCGAGUUGCAACUAUUGUGAAGGAAGCUUCAGGGAUGUCAUACUUGCAUACAACAGCAUCCAUGGGUAUAUCAGUAUUAUAGUGUGCACGGUGGGCAUCCUGGCCAACCUGCUGAACGUGGCGGUGCUGACGCGGCGCGAGCUGGCGGCGGCGCCCAUCAACCGCCUGCUGAAGUGGCUGGCCGUGGCCGACGUCUUCGUGAUGCUGGAGUACGUGCCCUUCGUCGUCUACCGGUAUCUGAUCCUGCCAGGUGCGAGUGAGAUGCCGUACCGCUGGGCCGCGUACCUGCUGUUCCACAUGCACUUCGCGCAGAUCUUCCACACCGCCUCCAUCUGUCUCACUCUCUCGUUGGCUAUUUGGCGAUAUCUGGCGAUCAAGUACUCGGACAGGAACCACAUCCUGUGCACGGAGCGGCGCUGCAGUCUCGCCAUCGUGAGCAGCUUCCUGCUGCCGCCCGUGCUGUGCAUCCCGACAUACAUGGUGUUCGACAUCCACCGAGCGUGGGUCCUGGAGCCGACGGGGCUCACAGUGCUCUACCACGUGGACUCCAACGUGGACGGGCAGCUCUACCAGGUCAACUUCUGGGUCCACGGGGUCAUCGUGAAGCUGCUGCCGUGCUGCAUCCUCACCGUCAUCAGCGUCUGGCUCAUCCGGGAGGUGUACCGCGCCAACCAGCACCAGAAGAAGAUCCGGGUCUACAACCCGUGCCCGACCAAUGUCAAAAACAUGAAGCGACAGUACAAAGCUGAUAAGAGAACCGACAGGACGACGAAAAUGCUGGUGGCCGUUCUUCUUUUGUUUCUGGCUACGGAGCUGCCGCAAGGGAUCCUGGGGCUGAUGAGCGGCGUGCUUGGCAGGUGCUUCUUCAAGCGCUGCUACGACUUGUUCGGGGAGCUGAUGGAUGCGCUGGCGCUGCUGAAUGGGGCCAUAAACUUCGUGCUGUACUGCUGCAUGUCGCGGCAGUUCCGCAUGACGUUCGGGCAGCUGGUGGGGCCGCGGCGCCGCCCGUGGCCCGCCCCCGCCGCCUCGCACUCCGACGGACAGAACACAGCGAAAUCAUUCCUACCGUGAGGGCGGCUCAUGCAAGAGAAACAAGAUCUAAUUCUACAACACUUUCUGUAAAUAAACAUGAGUAGAUUUGUUUAAAUGAUAAUUUACAUACUUAGUAAUAAGAAGGUUCUUAUUCAUGUUACUAGCGUAUCAUAUACCUACGUGUUAAACUGUGAAAGUAUGUACACUCACGGGCAAUGAAAAGGUUCCACUGAGAAAAUCACCAAAUUAAUUCUAAACGGAAAAGGCUAGCUUAAUUACGCCUUCUGCAACAUUGAAGUACAUUUAACAGAGAAUCAGGA